GUGCGAAAGGGCGGGAGAAUAAGGAAGGGUUCGCAGCACUCUCAGCGGCGUUCGUUCGGUUGCCACGGCGACGGUUCCGUGGAGCAUGCGCAGAGGGUUGUUCGGCAGACCCUGAAGUGAGAGGCGAGGCACUCCUAUGCUGGGCGCGGGUUCUUGAAUUGUUUGCAGGAAAUCUUUACAAGUUGUCAGGAAAAUGUCACGGAAAGGGUCCAAGGAGUCUAAAAAAGUUAAUGUUUCCAGCUCUUUGGAAUCAGAAGAUAUUAGUUUGGAGACUACAGUACCUACAGAUGAUAUUUCUUCCUCGGAAGAUCGGGAAGGUUCUGUCAAAAUCACUAGACAACUUAUUGAGCGGAAAGAGCUGCUUCAUAAUCUCCAGUUAUUGAAAAUAGAGCUUUCCCAGAAGAACUUGAUGUUAGACAACUUGAAGGUGGAAUACCUGACAAAAAUUGAAGAAUUGGAAGAGAAACUUAAUGAUGCUCUUCAUGAGAAGCAGCUACUAUCUUUACGACUAGAUAACCAAUUGGCAUUACAGCAAGAAGAUGCUCGUAAACACCAAGAGUUAAUGAAACAAGAAAUGGAAACCAUCUUAUUGCGGCAGAAGCAACUCGAAAAGAACAAUCACCAGUUAAGAGAGAGGUCUGGAGACAUUCGCCGCAGUUUGCGUGACCUUGAAAUGACUGAGGAAAACUAUACAAAACUAAAAUCUCUCCCAGAAGAUGAACUCUCUAUUCCUGAAUAUAUAUCUAUUAGAUUCUAUGAAGCAAUACAUCCUUUAAAAAAUGAACUAAAUGAACUUCAGGUGAAGAAGGAAGCAGCAUUUGAAGAACUGGAUGAUUACAAAUCUCAGCUGAAACGUUUGACAGAGAACUAUGAAGCAGAGAGAAGAAGUCGUUCAGAACUGGAAGUUAGAUGUCAGCGUUUAACACUGGAAUUGGCUGAUACAAAGCAAAUGGUUCAACAAGGUGAUUAUAGGCAAGAGAAUUAUGAUAAAGUAAAAAGUGAGCGUGAUGCAUUUGAACACGACUUUUCAGAACUCCAAAGAAAAUAUGAAAUACUAGAAGUGUCUCACAAAGCAUUAAUCAAAGAACGAAAUGAUUUUUCAAAAGAGGUUACAACUUUGCAGCAGUCAGUUACCUUGCUACAGAAGGACAAGGACUAUCUCAACCGUCAGAAUAUGGAACUUAAUGUUCGCUGUGCUCAUGAAGAAGAUCGCCUUGAAAGGAUUCAGGUUCAGCUAGAGGAUGCCAAGAGGGCUAGAGAAGAAAUGUAUGAGAAAUAUGUAAACUCCAGAGAUCAUUAUAAAACAGAGUAUGAAACCAAACUGCACAAUGAAUUGGAACAAAUACGACAGAAAACAUCCCAGGAAAUAGAACACCUUCGGACAGCUACAAAGGAAAUGUAUGAACGUGAAAACAGAAAUUUGAGAGAAGCACGAGAUAAUGCUGUGACUGAAAAAGAGAGAGCUGUGGCAGCUGAAAAAGAUGCUUUAGGAAAGAAUGAGCAACUUUUGGAACAGUACAGGCAAUUGCAGCUCAGCACAGAAAGCAAAAUGGCUGAACUUCUCCAUCAGAGCAAACUGAAGUCUUUUGAAAGUGAACACGUGCAACUUCUGCAAGAAGAAACGUCCAGGAACCUUUCACAGUGCCAACUCGAAUGUGAAAAGUAUCAGCGAAAACUAGAAGUUUUAACCAAAGAAUUUUAUAAUCUGCAAGCAAUGAGUGAGAAACGGAUUUCAGAACUUCAGGCACAAAAUUCUGAAUGUCAGACAAGGCUUGACACGUAUGAAAAACUGGAAAAAGAACUUGAUGAGAUAAUUAUGCAAACUGCAGAAAUUGAAAAUGAAGAUGAAGCAGAAAGAGUUCUCUUCUCCUAUGGAUAUGGUGCAAAUGUUCCUACCACAGCCAAAAGACGGUUGAAGCAAAGUUGUCAUUUGGCUAGAAGGCUAUUGCAACUUGAAAAGCAGAACACAUUACUUGUAAAGGAUCUGGAACAUCAUAAGGAACAAGUUACUCAGAUCUCACAAGAGAGAGAUAAUGUUAAUUCUUUGUUGAACCAAGUGCAACAGCCUUAUAGGUACCUCAUUGAUUCUGUACAACAGAGAGAUUCUCAGAUACUUUCGCAGAAAGAACGUAUCGCACAACUUGAGAAGGAUGUUACUGUUUUGAGUAAAGAAAAGACGUCUUUGCUUCAUGUCAAGAAUCAAAUGGCAGCAGAUUUAGAAAGACUUCUAAAUCACAGUGAGGAACUUGCUGUGAUGAAACAGAUGUUGAUAAGUCUUCAUGGUAAACCCCAAGGAGAUAGUCUGCCUCAAAAACAGAAUAAAAAUCUGCCUUCAAAAUCUAUGUCGAGUCCAUCUGCCCGUUUACCUUUAGAGCAUGAGGAAGGAGAUGUGUUUGCGCCCAAACCAACAUUGUUUACAAAUGAAGGUCCACCUCAAUGGUUGAAGAAAGCAAAACAGAAAAAAGCAUCCUAGAGAACUAUUCCCAGAGAAAAUAAAGUAUCAUAAUCAUGUUUUGAAAACUUUUUAAUUCAGCAAUUCUAUUUCAAGCCAAUAUUUUGACUCCCUUUCUUUUAAUGUGGUCACUGCAACACAAUAUUCAAGACUAUUUUAGGAUGACUUUUAUGAAUUCAUACAUAAGUCCACAUGUCUAAACAAUGCUAAUAAAACAUGUAUAUUUAUACACACUCA